CUACUCAUUUUAUUGGAUCCACCAGCACAACGGGGCAGUUCGGAGGCCGGAAACGGUCGUCUAGCCCAUCUUCAUCUAUGGAGGUCGUGGGCGACCGCUUCCCCGCUCUCCACUCGCCCGCAAUCUCCGUUAAUUCUAGUGGCUGGAACUCAGACGCAGUUCGGAUUACCGAGGUGAAGUCAUGGCUGUCAUCUCAGUUUGAAGCAGCCGGGAGAGAAGUGCCGGAGUUCGAGUAUACCCCCCGAAGUGUCUCCCAGCUUCAUGCCCUCGCAACUCUCUCCCAGUCCCGAUCACGUGCUGCCUCUAUCGUCGCCGAUGAUCUCCGCCUCAAAGCUGCGGAGUACCGCGCUCAGGCCGCACGGAUUCGCGAGGUCCUCGAUAGCGCCGGCCUCUCCCAGGAGCGCCUCACUCCUGACGCGGUCUCCUCUGUCCAGGUUGUUGCCAGCGUCGCCAAUUUGCUGAACAUUCGCGAUACUGAGUCUAGUAGGUCAGUACAUAUUAGGGUUUUGAAUCUUCGUGUUUUACGAUGUCGUUUGCCUAAUUGGAGUUUGAAAACGUUUCGAACCAAAACAAUGAAAUAUUCUGGAUAUUUUUCUGGUUAGACCUAAUUAGAAAUC